CUAUACUUUACAGAAGCAGUAUUAAUUUAUUAAUAAGAUAUAUACUUGGUUGGUGGUAGUGUCGAUGGCCGCAGAGGGCCGGAGCGAGCGGCGCGCGCGCGACGUGGCCGCGUUUGCUCUAGCUCAUCGAAAUGACCGAGAUGACUACGAUCCACACUUGCAUCGAGAACUGCAAAACCCCACAACCGACCUGGAGUCCCUGGUGCACAUCCUACGGCUGGGGCUAGGUACGGGCAUUCUCGCCAUGCCGCAGGCGUUCGCGCGAGCCGGCGUCGCCACCGGCGUCGUCGCCACAGUCAUCGUCGCCGUAGUCGUCACGCACUGCCUGCAGGUCUUGAUCCGGGCGCAGUACGACGUGUGCAAGAUGCGUCGCGUGGCCAUGGUCCCGUACCCGGAGGCGGCGCGCAUCGCACUGGAGCAGGGCCCACGCGCGCUGCGCCCGCUGGGCAAGCCUACGCCCGCCGCCAUCGACUUCUUCUUGGUCACCUACCAGCUAGGCGUGUGCUGUUGCUACAUAGUUUUUAUGGCUAACAGUUGUAAAAAGUUGUUUGAUCCAGUAUUCGUGAUGCCUGUGGAAAUGUACAUGUUAAUUUUUCUUCCGCCCAUAAUUGCAUUAAAUUUGAUCAAAAGCCUUAAAAAGUUAGCUCCGUACUCCGCGGUGGCUAAUGUGAUGGCUUUCAUAAGUAUAUGCAUCAUCUUGUACUACUUGCUGACGGGUCAGAAGUCUGUGAAGCCGAUCGACUUGUGGGGCUCGCCGGCCACAUUCCCUCUCUUCUUCGGCACCAUCGUGUUCGCGCUGACUGCCGUAGGCGUGGUGGUAGCCGUGGAGAACAACAUGAAGACGCCCAAGUCGUUCGGGCGGCCGUGCGGCGUGCUGCACAUCGGCAUGACUCUCACCACCACGCUGUUCCUGGCGGUGGGCUACUUCGGCUACAUUUUCUGUGGGUCCGAGUGUAGCGACGCCAUCACCCUAGACCUUCCGAAGGAAACUCUGGCGUCGGCCGCAGUAUUGUUGUACGCGUUGGCGAUUUUCAUCAGCUACGCUCUGCAUUGCUACGUGCCGGUGGAUGUGCUCUGGAACACGUACCUGUCGCCGCGCCUCGAACGCGGCGGCUCCAACCUGGUGCUCUGGGAGUACUGCGUCCGCGUGGGCUUAUGUCUGUUGACGUUCAUGCUGGCGGUGUCGGUGCCGCGGCUGGGGCUAUUCAUCUCGCUGUUCGGCGCGCUGUGCUCGUCAGCGCUGGGCUUCUGCUUCCCGGCGCUGAUGGAGGCGAGCCUGGCGCACGCGCGGCCGCCGUCGUCAGCGCGCCUGCUGCUGAUGCUAAAGGACGUGGCGCUGUUUGUCGCCGGAAUUGUUGGCCUAGUGGCCGGCACGUACACUUCUAUCUUAGGAAUCAUCAUGUCUUUUACAGAUCGUUGAUUUUUUUUUUAAUCAAU